CUGACAUCAUUUACUGUGGAUUGUUCAAUGGCAAUGCGUUCUACAGAGAGAAUAAAUAAAAAUUAUAAAUUGGUACCCCCCGAUGGAGGGUGGGGCUAUAUGAUUUGUGUGGGUGUCAUAAUUAACUUGGUCGUUUUAAGGGGUUUUACGAACUCUCAUGGUGCCAUUUACAAAGAGAGAUUCUUGGAGCUUGAUAUGAGUACAACAAGCGUUUCUGUUCUAAAUUGCCUCGGUACUCUAUGCAUUUCCGUUUCAGGAUUCUCUACUGGUUUUCUCCUCAAACAUACUUCAAUAAGAACGCUUGGCUUGAUAGCAGCGUUUUUUUACAGCACUGGCUUAUUUACAAGCACUCUGUGUGAUACAGAAGGAUUGUUCUUUAUAUUCCAAGGAAUAUUACAGAAUAUCGGUCAUGGAUUGAUGAUAAACCUAUGUUUUACUAUUAUUAAUCAAUACUUUAGAAAAAAAAGAUUAUAUGCUAUGAGCAUAGUUCAAACAGCACCAGCCUUGGCCGUAUUAGUAACACCGAAACUUGUGAAGUGGAUUUUUGAUCGCUACGGUAGCCAUUGGACGUUGUUAUUGUUAUCAGCUGUCAGCUUAAACAAUGUACUUGCCUUUACAAUAAUGCAGCCGGUCUCUCUGAAUAUGAAUAAAGAAUUACCUGAAAAUAAAGAAAUUGCAUUAAAAACACUGUUAAGGGACAAGAAAUCUAAUACUAGUAUAUCUAGUAAUCUUAGUAAUGAAACAAAUAGUUUACAUAGACAUAAAUUAAAUGCUCACAAAGGGAACAUAAUAACAAGAUUCAAAGAAACGAAACUGUACAAAAACUUUAUUUUGUCCAAUGCUUGCCUCGGUUUAUCAAUAUGUUUGUUCUCAGACGUCAAGUUCGUAUCUAUGCUACCACAGGCGUUGUAUUAUAUGGGCUGGAAUGAAGCUUUGGUGGCACGAGCGCUAAUGUUAUUCGGACUGGGUAAUUUAUUAACAAGAAUGCUGUUCGUAUAUAUUAGCAAAUGGUUAACCAAAUUGGGAACGCAUGACAUCUACGUUGUUGGUCUCCUUAUUGCAUGCCUUUCGCGAUUAGGAAUGCUGUGGUCAGAUAACAGAAUUAUAAUGCAAAGUUUCCUCGUUAUUGUGGGCCUAGCUCGAGCAGUUAUAGAGAUUUUGCACCCGCUGGUUAUAGCCGAUUGCGUCUCAGCCGAGAACUUUUCCUAUGCUUUGGGCGUGUCUAUGCUGGCAUUUGGCCUGAUUAGUGUAGUCUUUGGACCUAUUAUUAGUGCAAUAAGAGAGUUAACGGACAGCUAUGCAACAGCCUUUUACAUUCUGACGUCAUGUUUUGCUAUCACUGUAAUAUUCUGGACAAUCGAACUUGUUUAUAAGAGAAACGCACACAAAAGGAAACCAAAGAGAUUCCCGAUAAGUAACGAAAAUAUAUGAUGUUGUUUAAAAAUACUUUUUUGAUUUGUAAUAAAGAUAAAAAUCAUCAUAAUAAACACAGAAUUUUA